ACAAAGUGUAGUAGAAAAGUGCAGUUUAUAUCAGCUUAGGAUACAAACUCAUUGCAUGGCAGUACAAUUAACCCACUGUCUGCCACACAUUCUGCAAAAGAAGCCGUGUGUAACAUGUUAGGGCAUCUUGGCAGUGAAAGGAUUUUAGAGAUUAUUUAAAAAGUAAGGAAUCUUGUAAUUUUGGUUUUUAGCCCCUGGCAAAGAUAGGUAUGUUUCGUUUUUGGUCCCCGCCUUCUCCUGUGGUGGGAGCCAAUCACAUCGGUCUUGGAAAAGAUGUAGUUAGUUUGAGAAAAGCUUCGCCUUAAAGGCAUGGGGAUCAGGGCAGGGAACAGAGCAUCAUUCAGAUAGAAGAACAGAGCCUCUAUUACUGACACAGGACGGAGCCAGCUCACCUCCUACCACUAAGACUCAGAAGAGUGAUCCAGUGACGGAAACAGGCACCAUGAGUGAUGACCAAAGCUUGUCCGAAGUAGAGAUGAGCCCUGUUGGGUCUGAGGAUCCCUCCUUGACACCAGACCCACAUCCCCCUCAUGCUCACUCCAGUCCAGAAGAUGAUGAAGAAACAAAAGUAAAGAAAGAGCAAGAUUCAGAGGAUGAGAGGUUUCCUGUGUGCAUUCGUGACGCAGUCUCCCAGGUGCUGAAUGGCUAUGACUGGACAUUGGUUCCGAUGCCUGUAAGGGUCAAUGGUGGCAGCAAAUCUAAACCUCACGUUAAGCGGCCCAUGAAUGCCUUUAUGGUAUGGGCCCAGGCUGCACGCCGGAAACUGGCUGACCAAUACCCACAUUUACACAAUGCAGAACUUAGCAAGACUCUGGGUAAACUCUGGAGGCUGUUGAAUGAGAAUGACAAGAGGCCCUUUAUAGAGGAGGCUGAGAGGCUGCGAAUGCAGCAUAAGAAGGACCACCCAGAUUACAAGUACCAGCCUCGUAGACGGAAGAAUGGAAAACCCAACCCUGGAGAGGGAGAUGGGUCCUCUGAAACUGAGGGUGGCGCUGCCUCCAUACAAGCACAUUACAAAAACUCCCAUCUAGAUCACCGACAUGGUUCUCCCAUGUCCGAUGGGAAUUCAGACCACUCUACAGGUCAUAGUCAUGGACCCCCUACCCCACCAACAACGCCAAAGACUGAGCUACAGGCAGGAAAGUCUGAUGGCAAGAGGGAUGGUUCUCGUGCAUUGGGAGAAGGUGGAAAACCUCACAUUGAUUUUGGAAAUGUGGAUAUAGGUGAGAUCAGUCAUGAUGUCAUGUCUAAUAUGGAGACAUUUGACGUCAAUGAAUUUGACCAGUACCUUCCACCUAAUGGUCAUGCUGGGCACCCAAGUCACAUUGGGGGCUACACCUCCAGCUAUAGUCUCACUGGAGCUCUAGCAGCUGGUCCAUCUGCUUGGGCUCUGGCGAAGCAACACCCUCAAACUGUGGCAGACUCCAAAGCUCAAGUGAAGACAGAAAGCUCAAGUACAAGUCAUUAUACAGAGCAACCAUCUACAUCUCAGCUGACCUACACUUCACUUGGCCUUCCACAUUAUGGUUCAGCAUUCCCCUCCAUCUCUAGGCCACAGUUUGAUUAUGCUGACCAUCAACCAUCAAGUUCUUAUUACAGCCAUUCCUCCCAAGCCUCCAGUCUCUAUUCAGCCUUUUCCUACAUGGGACCUCCUCAGCGUCCACUUUACACUACAAUAUCUGAUCCUCCAAGUGUAGCUCAGUCACACAGCCCUACACAUUGGGAACAGCCAGUCUAUACUACACUUUCAAGACCAUGAAGAGGACAAAAGUGCAUGAAUAAGGAGGGACAUGUCCUGUUCCAACAGGGUCCUUUCAUAGCUCAUAACCCAGGUGGAAUCUGGAUUCCAAAAGUAUCAUUAAACCCUAGCUGUUUUUUACAGAACCCUGGAAAAGACAAUGAAUGGCUAUUCUUUUCAAAAAAGACAUAAAAAUAGUAGGGGUAGAAUAGCAGGUCAGUGCAGGGAUGGGGGAAGGGAAUGCAAUGUAUACAAAGUUUAUGGACUUGUGUCUCUUGUACAAAGGGAGGAAGUUGCAACAUUUGCUAUACCUGUAUUGUUGAUCCUAGAUACUGAAGUGACAUUGGAGGCUUAGGUACGUACACCCUUUAGAUGAACAAAAGCCUCUGACUGCCAACCAAUAGCAGCUUGACUACUUACAGAACUAACCUGGGCUGCUAAACUGUAUAAAAAGGGAUAGCAUAAGCAUUAUUUUUUUCUUUUCUUGCAUUUUACAUGAAAAUUAGUCAACAAAUAAGUAUAAUGCAUGUUAAAAACUGAAAAACUGAAGUUUUAUCUAUCUUCAUGAGUACUCUUGCUUCAAGGGGCUUCAGAAAAUUUUUCAGGGAAGGAACUUCCCCCCAACUGCUUUUCAUACUCUGAAUAAUAUCACAUAGUACAAGGGAUGUACGUUGCUGCGUGCCAAACAUGUCAUUAGAACAUUUUCAAACCUAACAGCAUUUUGUAAGUAACUAGUCAGAUACUUCCCUUUGUCUGAUUUGGUCAUUUCUUUCACUGCUCAUUCAUGGUCCGUUGGAAAAUAUGAGUUAGGGAAAUGCAACAUUAUUGAAAAACAAUCUAACACUGUGCCAAACGAAUAUCCUGUUAGAAUGCUCCAGCCAAGAGUCCAAACACUUCAUGACAAAAGUAAUGAUUUUCUACCCUAACGUUUUAUUGCAAGACUUUUCACUUCAUCCAUAUACCGAGUUUUAAAUAUUAUUAAGUUGCUAUAUCAUUUUGUUCAUAUUUAUCUCCCGUGUGCAAUACGCAAACAGCUGAGAGAUAGCAUUUCAGUCCACGAGAACAAAAACUAUAACUUGUUGUUUACAUAAUGACCCCCCAGUUGUUUGUCAAUCCAUCUUUAACUAGUCAGACGUAUAGCAGAUGGCAAAAGAUGAUUACUUUCAAAUGAUUGCUCAUAUUAAGGAUUCUCUGCAGUUCAAACUCUCUUGUGUUACUUUAUAGAAAUAUUCCCAACAUGGCAAUAUACAGAGGAUACUAUGAAGUAUGUUUUUCAGGAUGAAAAAAAAGGAAAAAAGUAGAGACAAUGUGUAAAUAUAAAACUAUAUAUUCGUAUAUAUAUCUAUCUAUUUUUGUUUUUGGGCGCAGCAUUGGAAAGGCCGGUGCUUCUAAUCCUGUGGGUAGCAGAGAGGAUUAUAUGAAACUGGGCCACAGGAUUAAACCAAACCAGCGAACUUUUGGGUUUAACAUUUUUUUGGGGGUGGGUUUUGUUAUGAAGAGGGACAGAAAUCCAUUAACCCAUUUGGAGUUACUUCUUUAAUGCUUUGCUGAAUACCAAUAUUAACUCUGAUGUAUAACAUAAAUUGCCCCUUCCUCCAUCAGUUUUCAUUCAGUUAGCAAAUGAUUGUUUUUUUUUGUCAUUAUUUCAUAUAUAUGUAACUGUAUGUUUGUUAUUUAUGUAAAUAUUAUCUUACCCAAUUCUGGUAAUUUCUUUAACUGUUCAUAAACAUAUUCAAGAUAUAUAUUGUAUUAAAAAAUAAAUAUUCAGACUCAG